AUGACUGCGGAGCACGACUCGGAGCAUGAGGGAAGCGUCGAGGAGAUGAGGGAAGCUGCAAAGAAAGCUGACGCUGAGGAGAAGGAGAAAAUGGAGGACGAGGAGAUGACAAGCCGUCCUUCUUCGCCUGAGCAAGAGGUGGAGGAGCCCUCUCAGGUUGUAGAGCCCGAAGUCCCAGAGGAGGGACACGAGGAGGAACAGGACGUCUCGGACUUGCCGGGAGUGUCUCCGACCGAGCACCGGCACAACCACGAAGAGCAGGAAGGGCAGGAAGAGCAGGAGGAUGCAGUUGAGGAUGCAGUUGAGGAGGCAGAGGAGGAGGCAGAAGAGGAAGUUGAGGAAGCGGAGGACCAUGUGGAUGCGCCACAUGACGGUGAUCACGAGGAAGCAGAGGCCGAAGUACCUGAGCAGGCGAUGCUGGCGGAAGGCGAUGAGGGUGAUGCUCCUGCCGUAGAUCAUCAAGAGGAUGAAGUAGCAGAGGAGGACGCAGAAGAGGAAGAAGAGGAAGUUGAAGCUGAGGAAUAUGUUGAGGACGACGCUCCAGGAGGUCAGGAGGAGGCUGAAUCAUGGCCUGCCCUGCCGUCUUCCAGGCCGGCAGCCCCACGUCGCUGGACAGGCCGUGCAGCGCAGGAGCCAGUUUUGGACACGAAUGAAGACGAAGAGGAGGAGGAGGAGGAGGAGAUGGAAGAGGAGGAGUGGUACGAUGAGGAGAUGGAGGAGGAAGUGGAAAAUCUGAGGAUGCAGAUGAGGCAGAUGGAAGAGGAGAACGAGAGUCUCCAAGACGAGCUGAGCCAGGAGAAGACCAGGGUGAAGCAGCUUCAGAAGCUGCAAGUCGAAGCUGCUCAGGCAGCUCACCGAGAGUUCGAGGCCAAGAAACGUGAGGCUGCAGCACUGCGCGAGCUCGAAGAAGCGAAAGCGUACGUCUCCAAAAGGCACACCUUCGCCUUGAACGACAAAGCCGAGCUGCUGAAGCCUCA